AUGGCCAAUGUCACUAGAAUAACUGGAUUCAUUCUUAUGGGAUUCUCAGAUGUUCCUGAGCUACAGACUGUAUGUGGGCUGUUCUUCCUGGUAAUGUACCUAGCAGUCAUAAUGAGUAACCUCCUCCUCAUCACUCUCAUCACUAUGGACCUGAAACUCCAAACACCGAUGUACUUUUUCCUGAAGAAUUUGUCCCUGUUCGAUGUCUUUCUUGUGUCCAUCCCAAUCCCAAAGUUCAUCAUCAAUAGCCUAACUCACAACAACUACAUUUCCAUACUGGGUUGUGCCUUUCAGAUACUUUUAAUGACGUCCUUCUCAGCAGGUGAAAUAUUUGUACUGACUGCAAUGUCUUAUGACCGCUAUGUUGCCAUCUGCUGUCCACUGCAUUAUGAGGUUAUCAUGAGUGGUGAGAACUGUGUGCUGAUGGUGGGUGUUUCCUGGGCUACUGGAGUACUUUUUGGAGCCAUAUAUACAGCUGGCACAUUUUCCAUGCCUUUCUGUGGCUCCAUUGUGAUCCCACAGUUUUUCUGUGAUGUUCCUUCUUUACUAAGGAUUUCCUGCUCUGGAUCACUCAUGAUCAUUUAUAUAAGUCUUGGGAUUGGUAUGUGUCUAUGCAUGUCUUGCUUUAUCUGUGUAGUGAUAUCCUACUUUUACAUUAUCUCCACUGUACUGAAUAUUCCUACCACUAAAGGUCAAUCUAAAGCAUUUGCCACCUGCAUCCCCCACCUCACUGUCUUCAGUGUUUUUAUUGCCACUGCUUGCUUUGUCUAUCUGAAGCCACCCUCAGAUGUACCAUCAAUUACAGACAGGCUAUUUUCUGUGCUAUAUACUGUGCUUCCACCAGCACUUAAUCCUGUGAUCUACAGCCUGAGGAACAGUGAUGUCAAAUGUUCUCUGAGAAGGUUACAGGAAAAUCUCUGCCCAAGGGAUUCACAUCACUUAACAGUUCAGCGCUUUUGUCAGUGUUAUAGUGCCUCACAAGUUACAAGCAAGUUUUUUAAUUUUUGA